CUAUCACACUUCGUUCCUUGACAAUUGAGACUGGACCUACACAUUCUCUUUAAAUCGAUGGAUCUCCCAUAGCACCGGGGUUCUCAGCCUUAGUUAGGGAUUGGAAUCAAGAUGUCCUCCUGGGUAUCUCGGGCUACAGCGUCCCAUCAUGCGCAGUUAAUCACCACUGCCAUUGUGUCCGGGAUUGUGGUUGGAGGAGCUGUCCUCGGUUUCCAGAAGGCGAGGCGCAUGUACAGAGUGGCCGAAAUGAAAGCAGCAAUACCCGACAUCGAUGAAGAGCACCAUGCGACCAGAUUGACAGAAUAUGGCGCCGCUUCCAAUGCGUUUGCUCCGAGCAACGAAGACAAGCGAAGCAUGGCCCUUGCAGCUAGAGCACGAAAAGGAGACUAUGACGAUGAUCUUAUCUUGGAGCAGCUCGCCAGAAACCGGGUGUUUCUUACAGAUGAAGGCCUCCAGAAGCUGCGCUCCGCUUUCGUCAUCGUCGUCGGCUGCGGCGGCGUCGGAUCGCACGCCACAGCAGCUCUCGCCCGCUCCGGAUGUUCCAAACUACGUCUCAUCGAUUUCGACCAGGUUACGUUGUCUUCUUUGAACCGACAUGCGGUAGCUACCCUAGCCGACGUUGGAACCCCGAAAGUGCAUUGCAUCCGGCGGAGGCUUGAACAAAUCACCCCCUGGACGCACUUCGAGUGCCGAAACGAGCUAUUCAGCGAAGUCAACGCACCCGCGCAGCUAGCAGCGAUGAACGGCCAGGAGCCAGACUUCGUGAUUGACGCGAUCGACAACAUCGAUAGCAAAGUGGCGCUUCUGAACUACUGCUACAAGAACAAGAUUCGGGUCAUAUCUUCCAUGGGCGCUGGAUGUAAGUCAGAUCCCACGAAGAUCUUCAUCGGCGACAUCUCUGCCAGCACAGAUGAUCCGCUUUCAAAAUCGACGAGACGAAAACUCCGAGCGCUUGGUGUCAAGGAUGGUAUCCCGGUAGUGUUCUCUACGGAGAAGCCUGGCCCCGGAAAGGCACAGCUGCUGCCAUUACCAGACGAAGAAUUCGCAAAAGGCACCGUUGGCGAACUAGGUGUGCUCCCAGACUUCCGAGUUAGGAUCCUGCCUGUGCUCGGAACGAUGCCAGCCAUCUUUGGAUUGGCCGUUGCAAACCACGUCAUCCUAGAGAUCGCCGGAUAUCCUCACGACUACCUCCCCGCCAAGGGAAGAGAAAAGAUGUACGACAGCAUAUUAGGGUCGCUGCAAGGCGCCGAAGAACGCCUCGCGAGAUCAUACGGCUUCGACUCACAAGGCUUGAAGAUCCCAAUUACUCAGGACGACGUCGGGUACCUUGUUGAAGAGGUGUACCACGGGAGAAGCGUCAUCAGCGACCUAGCUACGCGGCUGUGCCUGAUGAGAUGGAAUAAACCUAGCGAGGACUUCAUCGACAAGCGCACUCCGGGGCAAAAGAACUCUUUGCUGCAGAUGAAGGAUUUGGUGGUCAUGACGAAAGAGGAGGCGGCUAAGCAUGAAAAGGAGGUGCUGAAGGGGGAUAAGAAGCCUGAGGAUUUGUACGAUGAGAAAGUGUUGAACACUGUGCGACUGAAGAUGGAGGAAGAGGAGAGGUUCGCGCGGUUCAGGUAAUGUACAGUACACAUUAGUCGUCUAUACCUUACACAUGGCGCCGCCCAUAUCAAAUUAGGCGCUUGUCCCUUCUACGGCCACGCCAAAAAUGAAAAAUUCAAAAUUCCAGCUUCU